AUGGGCUCACCUUGUACGGCUACCGCUGUUUGUCUACCAACCCCCGAUAGCGCCAGUUCGCCUGCAAAGAAAAAACUGUCGUCAAAGAUCACCUCAAUGAAGUUCAUGCAAAGAGGUUUACUCCCUUCAGGGAUGUCCUCUCACGCGUGCGGUACAUCGAACCACCCAAGGAAUCGACUGGUUGCCAAAAAAGGUGCAAAGUACUUGAGACAGUUGGGACGUAAUACCAAGCUUAGACGUCAUUUCCCCGGCUCCAACAAGGAGGAAACCUUGCAGUGA